GCAGGGGAUUUAGGAAUGGGAAAGGGAAGGAGCAGAAAUUUCGGGAAUGCGGGGAGACUCUGGGGUGCAGAACGGCUGAACUGGGAGCCAAACUGGGACCCCAAACUGGUCCAAACUGGUCUCAUUCUCACCCCCAGGAGCCCGAUGGUGACAGGAACAUCGGUUCUGGGGCUCAAGUUCUCGGGCGGGGUGCUGCUGGCCGCGGAUAUGGUGGGAUCCUACGGCUCCCUGGCGCGGUUCCGCGGCAUCUCCCGCCUGCUCAAAGUCAACAACUCCACCGUGCUCGGAGCCUCGGGGGACGUGGCCGAUUUCCAGCACCUGCGGCAGCUCCUGGAGCAGAUGGUGAUCGACGAGGAGCUGCUGGGGGACGGGCACAGUUACAGCCCCCGGGCCGUGCACUCGUGGCUGACGCGCGUCCUCUACAACCGGCGCUCCAAAAUCAACCCCCUCUGGAACACCCUCGUCAUCGGGGGUGAUCUGCUGGAGAGAUGCCUGAAGGUCCUGUACUACAGGGAUGCUCAGUCUUUUAAUAGGUACGAGAUCGCCACGGUGACGGAGCAGGGGGUGGAGGUGGAGGGACCCCUGACCCUGGAGGCCAAUUGGGACAUCGCCCACGUGGUCAGCGGUUUCGAGUGAUCUCCAGGAGCUGCUCCAUCCUCAUCCUUUCCCCCUUUUUUUUAUCCCCUCCGGAAAUGUAAAAAAUGCCGAAUCCGAUGUUUUUUUGGGAAUAAAAUCGACCCUUUAACACCAA